AUGUCAACCACCCGACCAAGGUCCCUCGGAGGCUGUGCCACAUGCCGUAGCCGUCAUGUGAAAUGUGACGAAACUCGUCCCUCAUGCUUGGUGUGUCGAAAUUUGGGCCUGGCCUGCGAAAAGUACGAGAUUAGGCUCGUGUUUGAUGCGAUUGAUACGCAAGGCUCACGAUGCCGUCGACCUUUGUUCACGGAAGACAUGCGGCAGAGGAUGAGUGAACAGCUGGUAGACAGUGUGAAUCCAGAUGACGCAGCCACUUUGUUGUUUCGGAUUGAUGAUCGGUGCGAAGAACAGGAGCAGCAUCCCGAUAGCCAUUUCAAUACUUGCCUUGGGCCAUUUGGUGCCUUUCGCGCACCUCAGCCUGAGCUCAGGCUUACUGAAGCGCUGGCAUGCCCUUCCAUGACGUCCCCACCAUUUCAGCAUGUUCCUAUCGCGGAUGAUUUCAACACGGUGUUUGAGGGUGCCUUGAUCAAUGACCCUCUUAUGGAAUGUCUUUUUGGGGGAAUGGAUGUAAAUACCGCAGGCGACUUCCAAAUGGAAAGCUUCUUCAACACCACUGGGACAGAAAAUCACGAAAUUUCACCACAGCAGUCCGUGACUGAGGGCUCAGACAUGUUGAUGGGACUGCCAUCGUUGUCCCAACAUAUCCAGUACACACCGACUAUUCCCAGCCUGGCUCCUCCGGAUGCGCCUUUUCUCUUAUCAGUAUAUAAAAACCAGGUGAUCAGAUUGUUCUCCCCGGUCCAAUCCAGAAAGUCUCCCUGGCAGAUUCUGCAUGUGCCGAGUGCCAUGGGAACUUUCGCUCAAUUGACCAUGGGAGAGCAACCAGGCAAUGCACGGUUGUGUAUCUUCUAUGCAAUUCUCGCCACUGGUGCUUACAUGCAGCGCGCAACUUCAACAUCGCAAGGGCAUCGUGAAUACUGGCAAAAGCCGUCAGAAUCAUAUGCUGUUUCCGCGCAGAACUAUCUCAAGAUGGCGCUUCGAGAUAUGUCAGUUACCCUGAAAAAGAGUAAAUACAAAGACAUCCUCAUCGCUUUGAUGUGUAUGAACACCGUCUUCGCAUAUCAGGGUAAUGAAGAUCGCAUUAGGAGAUGUCUCCUGGACUGCGAAAAUUGGAUUCGCUUCCGCGGUAUACCCAAGACACGUAAAUCACGGAAAGUGCGGCUGUUACAUCACUGUUAUGUGUAUCUCCGCAUCUUCUACGAGAGCACCUCGGUAUCACACGUAAGGGGCUCCAGUGUACAACAAGAAACGGAUGCAUCGCCAGAUACCGUUACGUCCGUGGCUUCUAGUCGCUCUUUUCGUCUUCGACAAUGGGAAGGCCGACUCGAUCAGAGAAUGAAUGAACUGAAAGAACAGCAUCUGGGUGAGAAUGACAUUCAUCUUGAGAUUCCCGGCCGAUGGGAUUCUACCAUGUACCCUCAUGCGUUUGCUAUGCCAGAGACUCUUUUAUUCUUAUUGUCUCAAGUGACGCGCCUCGGGAAUGAGCGAGACAUGUCCGAUCUAGACGGCGGGUCAAGUAUCCUGGACUUUAGACAGUUUUCUUCACGAGCGCGUAGUCUCGAACGGUGUAUAUGUACAUGGAGACCUCCUUCCACCCCUUUCCACGACGAAGACGACGAAGACGUGAAUAAUAAUGGUGACUUUCAGACCAACUCUACACUGAGUAAUCAUAUGGUUCUUGCUUUGCACAAAGCACUGCUGAUCUUCUUCUACCGGCGAAUAUACGAUGUGGAUCCAACAAUCCUGCAAGAUAAGGUCUGGCAGAUUCAAGACUCUUUGUCGCGAUGUGAUUGCGGCGAUAUCCCUACCGCCCCUUUGCUAUGGGCUGCAUUUGUCGCGGCAUGUGAAGCGCUUGACCCGGCCCUACGAGACUGGUUCACAAACUGGUUUAAUAGGUCGUUCAAGGCAAGUGGGUUACAGAACUUCAAGUUCGCCCUGAAUAUAGCCAAGCAAGUGUGGGAAAAGCAAGGGCAAUCUUUGAGUAGUGACAAUAGUACUAGCUGGGCGCAGGUUAUGCGGGACAGCGGCUUAGGCUUUGUCGAUUUAUGUCAGAAAAGCAUGGCAGGUGAAGUUCAGCUACCCCAGACGCUUCCGGCGCCCCGCAAAAACGCAAUACCGGACACAUGCGGCAGCAACAAGGAAUCGACCGAGAAUGUGAAAUUGGAGUGUGAAGACACUCCUCAAGGACCCGCUCGUGCCGGCUCCGGUGGUGAACCCGCCUAUCCAACUAUGAGUGACGUGAGUGAGUCAGAGGCCUGCUGGGACUACUCGGAGGAAUUUUGUACAGAAUUGGAAGAGCCACGUCCUAUCUGGGAAUCUGAACUUCGCUGCGACUGGCCUGAUGAUGGUGAUGAUGAAAAUUGGAUUGUCGAUGAAUUAGCAAUAUGGAAUGUACAGCAGAAAGAAGAGAACGUACGCCCUUCACUACAGGGAACUGAAGAACACCAACCAUUGCAGCAAGGGGAGGUUAAGAGUGGUGUUAACGAGAACGUAUCAAAUUGA